ACAACAGUAUCGAGAACAAUGCUCAAGUUCCAGGUUCACUCCCCUGGCAAGGUGAUUUUACAUGGCGAACACGCGGUUGUCUACCACAAGCCCGCUUUGGCCGCCGUCGUUGGCCUGGGUACUAAACUGCAGCUGCGCUCCCAGGAAGGUAGCCAGGUGGCCAGCUUUCAGCUGGAUGCAUUGAACUGCACUCUGGAAAUCAAUUUGCAGGAAUUCAAUGCAUUUCUCACCAACUUCCGCCAAAAAUAUCCUGGAGAUAAAUUAGACAGCACAGCCAAAUUAAUGGAGGAAGUGCGUUCCGAGGUAUCCAAGCAGCUGGAACGCAGCGUGGGCAGCACACCUAAACAGCACACACAACGCGCCUUCAUUUCCAUUUAUUAUCUGCUUGCGGGCGCUGUGCUCACAGCACCCAAUCAACCGACGCUGACACUUCAGACGGGUUUCCAGGUGCAUGUUGACACGGAACUGAAUGUGGGCGCUGGUCUUGGCAGUUCCGCUUCAUAUGGCGCCGCUUUAGCUACCGCUUUUCUCAUCUUAGCUGGCCAUUUCGAUCAGUCCAGCUACUUGCAGGAUGAAAACUUGGCACUGAUUUCCCAUUGGGCUUACGAAUCGGAGCGUGUCAAUCAUGGUACACCCUCAGGAGUAGAUAACACUGUAUGUACCUAUGGCGGCAUUUUGCGUUUCGUCAAGGGUCAAGGUUUUCAAUCACUGAAAAUCCAUAAACCACUCAAUAUUCUUCUGGUGGAUAGUCGAGUCAGUCGCAGCACCGCGGACAUUGUGGCCAAGGUGCGUCACCUGGCCGAGGAUUUUCCGCAACUUAUUGAGGCAAUCUGGCAAGCCUGUGAGCAGCUGGUGAACUCAGCAGUGCCGCUUUACGAGAGCUUUGGCAAUGCACAGGAUGACAGCCAAAAGUUCGAGAAACUCGAACGUCUCUUUCAGAUCAACAACGAUCUGUUAAAGGCCAUCGGUGUGACACAUCCAAAGCUGGAGCAAAUCUUUACAAUUGCCUUCAAGCGUGGUUUCUUCUCCAAGUUGACGGGUGCUGGUGCUGGCGGCUAUGCCAUUGUGCUUCUGCCCGAGAACUUUGAAUGCAACGAGGUCUACUGGAAGCUGAAGGAGGAACUGGAGGGUGCUGGUUUUGGUGUGCAUGUGACAACAGCAGGUGGCGAGGGAUUGCGUGUAACCUCGUUGGACAACUGAUAAACUAAACUACAACAUAUAUGACACCUUUUACUUACAAAUGUAUUUUACUCUAAAUGUAUGUAGAUGUACUCAUGGUUUCGUUAUUACUUAAAAUAAAUAUUUUAUAUGCUGAUUA